AUGCGAAGAACUUCUGUGUCGCUGCCGACGAAGCAACCCGCCCGAGAUCCACACGAGAAACCCGGUCGAUUCGCACCUGCUCAACAGAAUACUGGUCUGUUCGCAGCGCUGAGAAAGAUGUCUCAAGCCCAGAAGACGAGGUGGAUGAGGACAGGCGCCAUCGCCUUCUUCGUCGUCUUCCUCUUCUGGUAUCUGUCCCCCAGAGGCGUCAACGUCUACGACGGUGGAGUCUCCAGGGGCGGCGCUGGUGGCCAAGUCCCCACGGAUGCCUCCUACGGCACCGAAAAGUGCGUUCAGUCCAGCUCCAAGUCGAAGCCUAUCGUCCAGUACGUUUUGAUGAUCGACGCCGGCAGCACGGGCUCCCGGAUCCAUGUCUACAAGUUCAACAACUGCGGCUCCACUCCCGAACUCGAGCACGAAGAGUUCAAGAUGACUGAGAAGUCGGUCGGCGGUCUGAGCAAGUACAAGGACGACCCCGAGGCUGCCGCUGCGACUCUCGACGUCUUGAUGGAUGUCGCCAUGCAGAACGUCCCUGAUAAACUCAAGUCCUGCAGCCCCGUCGCGGUGAAAGCGACGGCCGGACUUCGCAUGGUCGGAACCGAGAAUGCCGACAAGAUCCUCGCGGCCGUCCGCAACCGUCUCGAGACCAAGUACCCCUUCCCCGUCGUCGCCAAGGAGCAGAACGGAGUUGCAAUCAUGGAUGGUGCCGACGAAGGUGUUUAUGCCUGGAUCACGACCAACUACCUCCUCGGCAAGAUUGGCGGUCCCGACAAGAGUCCCACUGCCGCCGUUUUCGACCUCGGCGGUGGCUCGACCCAGAUUGUCUUCGAGCCCACCUUUAAGGGAGCUGCGGACGGAGGCAUGCCAGAGAAGCUCGCGGAGGGUGACCACAAGUACGACCUUGCUUUCGGCGGACAAAAGUUCGAGCUCUACCAGCACUCCCAUCUCGGAUAUGGUUUGAUGAGCGCCCGCAAGGCUGUUCAUAAGACCUUGGUCCAGGAGAUCUACGAGAGCAAGAAGCCCGAUGACAGUUGGGUCAAGCAGCCCAUUGUCCACCCUUGCAUCGCCCCCGGCAUGGUCAGGGAGGUCGAGGUCGAGCUGGAUGACAACCACCCUCUCGGCAAGACGGUGACCUUCAACAUGACUGGCCCCUCUCAGGCUGCCCCUGCUCAGUGCCGCAACCUCGCCGAGAAGAUUUUGAAGAAGGACGAGGGCUGCAAGCUCGCUCCAUGCUCCUUCAACGGUAUUCAUCAGCCCUCGCUGGCCAAGACCUUUAGCCGUGAGGAUGUCUACAUCUUCUCCUACUUCUACGACCGUACCAAACCCCUCGGCAUGCCUGACUCCUUCACCCUUCGCGAGAUGCACGACCUUGCCAACUCCGUCUGUGGCGGCGAGAACUCGUGGGAUUUGUUCGCCAGUAUUCCUGGCGCGCUCAAGGAGCUCCAGGGCCGCCCGGAGCACUGCCUCGACCUCAACUUUAUGAUGGCCCUCCUCCACACCGGAUACGAGAUGCCCAUCGAUCGCGAGGUCAAGAUUGCCAAGAAGAUCAAGGGCAACGAGCUGGGCUGGUGCCUCGGUGCUAGUUUGCCCCUUCUCUCUCCUAACUCCGGCUGGAAAUGCAGGAUCGACCAGGUCAACUAG